GGAGGAGAGGCAGCCGCGGAGCGCUGAGCUGGCCGCGCCCCGAGGCCCGGCCCUGGGGGUGGGUAACCGCGCCAAGGAGCUGGAAACUUUCCCGCAGUUCUCGUCCCGUCUUGGUGUAGUCGCCUGAUCCAGAGGAACUUUUGGGGUGCCCCCUGAGUGAGACAGCUGCUCUCUGUUGCCAGCAAGUGGAGUCUGGGGUGAGGCAAGAAGCAAAGGAGUGUUGAAAAUGUUAAAGGCUGUGCUGAAGAAGAGCCGAGAGGGAGGAAAGGGAAGCAAGAAGGAAACAGGAGGUGACUUUGGUCCAGAGACUUCCCCUCCAGUCCUGCCGCCUGGCCAUGGCGGUGAGUUUCCUGUGAGCAGCCUUCCAGUGGCAGAGGAUGCCUACAGGAUGAGCUUGGCUAAAGGCGUCUCCAUGUCUCUGCCUUCAUCACCUCUGCUGCCCCGACAGUCUCACUCUGUGCCGUCAAGGUCAACCAAAAAGUCCCCAGGUCCUGUCAGGAAGCCCAAGUAUGUGGAAAGCCCCAGAGUGCCUGGAGAUGCAGUCAUAAUCCCGUUCCGAGACGUGCCCAAGCCAGCAGAGCCCAGUGAGAAUGAAGCAAAGGCCGAUAAUGAACCGAGCUGUUCGCCGGCAGCUCAAGAACUGUUGACAAGGCUGGGAUUUUUACUGGGAGAAGGGAUCCCAAGUGCCACACAUAUAACCAUUGAAGAAAAAAAUGAAACCAUGUGCACAGCCCUGAGCCAAGGCAUCAGCCCUUGCUCCACUCUUACAAGCAGCACCGCCUCUCCCAGCACCGACAGCCCCUGCUCAACCUUGAACAGCUGUGUCAGCAAGACGGCAGCCAACAAAAGUCCCUGUGAGACCGUUAGCAGCCCUAGUUCCACCCUGGAAAGCAAGGACAGUGGAAUUAUAGCCACAAUUACAAGUUCAUCGGAAAAUGAUGACCGGAGUGGCUCCAGUUUGGAAUGGAAUAAGGACGGAAGCCUAAGGUUAGGGGUACAAAAGGGAGUGCUCCAUGACCGCAGGGCAGAUAAUUGCUCCCCAGUGGCAGAAGAGGAGCCCCCUGGGCCAGCGGAGAGUGUGCUGCCCAAAGCCGAAGCCUCAGUUGGAGAUGGUCCGGUCCCUUAUUCUCAGAGCUCCAGCUCGCUAAUAAUGCCACGGCCCAACUCAGUUGCAGCAACGAGCUCAACCAAAUUGGAAGACCUGAGUUAUUUGGACGGACAGAGAAAUGCUCCCCUCCGGACAUCCAUUAGGUUACCGUGGCACAGUACGGCUGGAGCUCGAUUUGCUCCCUACAAGCCACAAGACAUUUUGUUGAAACCAUUGUUGUUUGAAGUACCAAGCAUAACCACAGACUCUGUGUUUGUGGGAAGGGAUUGGCUCUUUCACCAGAUAGAAGAAAACUUGAGGAACACAGAACUCACAGAAAACAGAGGCGCGGUGGUUGUUGGAAACGUGGGCUUUGGGAAGACGGCUAUCAUUUCUAAGUUGGUGGCGCUGAGCUGCCACGGAAGCCGCAUGAGGCAGAUCGCUUCCAACAGCCCCAGCUCAUCAACGAAAACUUCAGAUUCCUCCCAGGAUGUUCCUUUCACUCCACUGCUUUCACCAAGUUCUACAAGUGGUCCUGGUGCGGCCAAAUCCCCCCCAGUGUCUGGGUCUGAUGCUUCUGAGAACCGGAGACCACGAGAGGAUGCAGUGAAAUACCUGGCUUCUAAGGUCGUGGCCUACCACUACUGCCAGGCCGACAACACCUACACGUGCCUGGUGCCCGAGUUCGUCCACAGCAUCGCGGCCCUGCUCUGCCGGUCCCACCAGCUGGCCGCCUACCGGGACCUGCUGAUAAGGGAGCCCCAGCUCCAGAGCAUGCUGAGCCUCAGGUCCUGUGUGCAGGACCCGGUGGCCGCCUUCAAGCGGGGCGUGCUGGAGCCACUCACAAGCCUGAGAAACGAGCAGAAAAUUCCUGAAGAAGAAUACAUUAUUUUGAUAGAUGGCUUAAAUGAAGCUGAAUUUCAUAAACCUGAUUAUGGAGAUACGCUUUCUUCGUUUAUUACCAAGAUUAUUUCUAAAUUCCCUGCUUGGUUGAAGUUGAUUGUGACUGUAAGAGCCAAUUUCCAGGAAAUCGUCAGCGAGCUGCCAUUUGUCAAGCUGUCCUUGGAUGACUUUCCGGACAAUAAGGACAUCCACAGCGACCUGCACGCCUACGUCCAGCACAGGGUCCACAGCAGCCAGGACAUCCUCAGCAACAUCUCACUGAACGGCAAAGCCGAUGCCGCACUCAUCGGCAAAGUCAGCAGCCACCUGGUUCUGCGGAGCCUCGGCUCCUACCUGUACCUCAAGCUCACCUUGGACCUCUUCCAAAGGGGACACCUGGUCAUCAAGAGCGCCAGCUACAAGGUGGUGCCUGUGUCUCUGUCCGAGCUCUACCUGCUGCAGUGCAACAUGAAGUUUAUGACCCAGUCUGCUUUCGAGAGAGCACUUCCCAUUUUAAACGUGGCCCUGGCGUCCCUCCACCCCAUGACGGAUGAGCAGAUCUUCCAGGCGAUCAACGCCGGCCAUGUCCAAGGGGAGCAGGGCUGGGAGGACUUCCAGCAGAGGAUGGAUGCCCUCUCCUGCUUCCUCAUCAAGCGGCGAGACAAAACCCGCAUGUUCUGCCACCCAUCCUUCAGGGAGUGGCUCGUGUGGAGAGCAGAUGGCGAGAACACAGCCUUCCUGUGUGAGCCCAGGAAUGGGCACGCUCUGCUGGCGUUCAUGUUUUCGCGACAGGAGGGCAAGCUGAACCGCCAGCAGACCAUGGAGCUUGGCCAUCACAUCCUGAAGGCACACAUUUUCAAGGGCCUAAGCAAAAAGACGGGAAUCUCUUCAAGCCACCUCCAGGCCCUGUGGAUCGGGUACAGCACCGAGGGGCUGUCCGCGGCCCUGGCCUCUCUUAGGAAUCUCUACACUCCCAAUGUGAAGGUGAGCCGUCUCCUGAUUUUAGGAGGGGCCAACGUGAACUACAGGACCGAAGUGUUAAAUAAUGCCCCGAUCCUGUGCGUCCAGUCUCACCUUGGCCAUGAGGAAGUGGUCACUCUGCUUCUGGAAUUCGGCGCCUGCUUGGAUGGCAUGUCAGAGAAUGGCAUGACUGCCCUCUGCUACGCGGCCGCUGCAGGCCACAUGAAGCUGGUGUGUCUGCUGGCCAAGAAGGGGGCAAGGGUGGACCACCUGGAUAAGAAAGGCCAGUGUGCGCUGGUCCACAGUGCACUGAGGGGCCACGGCGACGUUCUCCGCUACCUGCUGACCUGCGAGUGGUCGCUGGGCCCGCCCCAGCCCGGCGCGCUGAGGAAGAGCCAAGCCUUGCAGCAGGCGCUGACGGCGGCCGCCAGCAUGGGCCACAGCUCGGUGCUCCAGUGCUUGCUGGAACUGGAAAAGGAACAUGAAAUAGACGUCAAUGGCACCGACACGCUGUGGGGAGAAACAGCCCUGACGGCCGCGGCUGGACGAGGCAAGCUGGAGGUCUGUGAGCUGCUGCUGGAGCGUGGAGCUGCUGUGUCUCGGACUAACAGGAGAGGGGUCCCUCCACUGUUCUGCGCGGCACGCCAGGGGCAUUGGCAGAUUGUUAGGUUGCUGUUGGACCACGGCUGUGACGUGAACCUAAGUGACAAGCAGGGCCGGACGCCCCUCAUGGUGGCUGCUUGCGAAGGGCACCUGAGCACCGUGGAAUUUCUCCUUUCAAAAGGUGCCACCCUUUCUUCUCUGGACAAGGAGGGUCUGUCGGCAUUAAGCUGGGCAUGUCUGAAAGGUCACAGGGCUGUUGUCCAGUUCCUAGUGGAGGAGGGAGCCGAGAUCGACCAGACAGACAAGAACGGCCGCAGCCCCUUGGACCUGGCCGCCUUCUACGGCGACGCGGAGACCGUGCUGUAUCUGGUGGACAAGGGGGCUGUGAUUGAGCACGUGGACCACAGCGGUAUGCGGCCCUUGGACAGAGCCAUCGGUUGUCGGAACACAUCCGUAGUGGUUACGCUGCUGAGAAAAGGAGCCAAGUUAGGAAAUGCUGCCUGGGCGAUGGCUACUUCCAAACCUGAUAUUUUGAUUAUACUUUUACAGAAAUUGAUGGAGGAAGGAAACGUGAUGUACAAAAAAGGGAAGAUGAAAGAGGCAGCCCAAAGGUACCAGUACGCCUUAAGGAAGUUUCCUCGAGAAGGAUUCGGAGAGGACAUGAGACCAUUCAAUGAGCUAAGAGUUUCCCUCUAUCUCAAUCUGUCUCGCUGCCGAAGGAAAACAAACGACUUCGGCAUGGCGGAAGAGUUUGCUUCCAAGGCCCUUGAGUUGAAACCAAAGUCCUACGAAGCCUUUUAUGCCAGGGCCAGAGCCAAGAGAAGUAGCAGGCAGUUCGUGGCUGCCCUGGCUGACUUGCGGGAAGCAGUGAAGCUCUGUCCCACCAACCAGGAGAUCAGGCGGCUCCAGGCCCGCGUGGAGGAGGAGUGCAAGCAGCUCCAGAGGAGCCAGCAGCAGAAGCAGCAGGCACCCCCGCCUGCCCCACCCACCGACUCGGACAACGAGGAGUAUGCCCCGACGCCCGGCCUGAACGACCACUUUCACCUUGAGGAGGCUGAAGAGGAGGAGACGUCGCCACCAGAAGAAGCCAUUUCCCUCGCUCCCAGGCCCCCGCCAUCCUCGUCCGUACCCUCCCCGUACAUCCGAAACCUUCAGGAAGGGCUCCAGCCCAAGAUAAGGCCCGUGUCGCCACUGCAGAGUCGGCCGGGGGCCGGAAAGGCCCUGAGGGAGGCGGUGGCUCAGCCGGGGCUGACGGUGCAGCCCACCAAGCAGGCGCAGAUCGUGAAGACCAGCCAGCACCUGGGCUCCGGACCUGCGGGUGUGAGAAACGGCAGCUCGAAGACGCAGGUCUCUCCGCUGAAUCCUCCCCCGAGCCCCAUGCCCGGAAGACUGCCCACUGCCCCCGCCGGUAGCAGAAGCCUGCAUCUGGAGGGAGCAGCCUCGGGUCCCUUCGGCGACCGGCUGGGGCCCAGCCCCGCAAUCCACCUGCAGCACAGUGAGGGCGACGCUGCGUAUCCUUUACCAAGCAAGAUAAAAAGUGCAGAGAGGCUUCUGUCUCAUGCUGCCGUGGCUGUGGACGUGGUCCCUUUAAACCCAGGGGGGCCAGUGAGCUGCAGCGACACCCGACACCCGACUUCCCUCAGUAGUUCAGGCUCUUCCGGUUCUCCAUCAAGCAGCAUCAAGAUGUCAAGCUCCACCAGUAGUUUGGCUUCAAGCAGCAGUUUCUCGGAUGGCUUCAAAGUUCAAGGACCAGAUGCUCGAAUUAAAGACAAGGUUGGUAGCCAGGUUCCGAGUGGCACAGCUGAGCACAGACCUCGCAAUACUCCAUUCAUGGGCAUCAUGGAUAAGACCGCGAGGUUCCAGCAGCAGAACCAUCCGCCUGGCCGCACCUGGCACUGUGCAGUGCCAGAGGGGCUGCUGACGAGCGCGCCUUCUGCAGCUGGCCUGCAGGCCUCGAACUCUGAGAAGCCCUCUCUCAAGCAAGCCAAAGCCUGCCCUGGGUCUACCCUGGGUGGAGGUGUCCACAACGGGGCCCAGGUGAAGGAGCUAGAAGAAAAGAAGUGCCAAAUGCCAGCCCACUGUCAGGACAGCAGGGUAACUAAGACCAUUUCACAUCUGUAUCAGGAAAGUAUGUCUAAACAGCAGUCUCAUAUCAGCAGUGAAGCCCACAGGAGUCACCUCCCUUCAGCAAAACCAAAGCGAUCAUUCAUAGAAUCAAAUGUGUGAGCCUUAAGAGAGAGACCCAUUUGUAGUAUUUGGAAGACAGU